AUCGCUCAUGCUUGAGCUUGUUUACGCGAAAAAAAUUAAUUUUAAGUGAAAAAAAAGGUGAAAAAGAAUGGAUUCAAAGUUUGACUUGCCUGGUUGGGCAACAGCAGUAGAUCCAAGAAGUGGAAGACAAUACUUUAUAAAUCUUCAGGAGAAAACAACAUCAUGGGAGGAUCCUAGAUUAAAAUAUAAGCAUGUUUAUGGUCCAUCAAUUCCGAUGCAGACAUUGCAUGGUUCCCCAAAAAAUGUUCAAGUCUAUCCUACUCAAAGCUAUCCAACUCAAGCAUUUCAAAGUCAUUCAGGCCAAUCUGUAAAUGCUAGUCCAGUUCCAUCCACAAGAGCUAGUCAUUAUACAAGCCACACGAACCAAACUGUUGAAAUGUCCUCUUUAUCACGUUCAUCUCCUCAUACUCCACGAGUAGGAAAUUUGAUAAAACAUCAACAAAUGAUUCAGCAGCAACAGCAACAACAACAUGUACAGGAAACAUCAUUCACAUCGCCCACUACCAUGGAAACUGAUGCAACAGUUUCUAAAAUUAAUUCCAUGUUUCCUACGGCAAGCGAGCAUCAUAUAAGGCUUCUAUUAAAAAAAUAUCACAAUCGUGAGGCAGUUGUGAUUUCGGCAUUACAAGUUGAAAAACAUCCAACACAUACCCCUGGUCCAAACACACCACCACCACCGAGAUCCUUUCAUUCAACUGCAUUAGCAUUGUCGGCAUUUGGAACUCCACCAUCAUCAUCUGCAUUGAGCAGAAAAGCAUUACAUCAUUUAUAUAAUGAUCAUUUGACAUUGAACUCAUCUUCCAUAAAUGGAAGUCCUAUUUUACGUCCGCAGAGUUCGAGCAGUUAUUAUACAUCGGGAUACUAUGGAUCACCACGUUUUGGAGAAGUUGUGAAGAACUCUCCAAAACCCCAUUCAUCGCCAAAAAUGAAGCUUAGAUACCUUAAAUCUAUGUUCCCAAAAUGCGAGGAAACUAUUAUUUUGGACAUCCUGGCUACUGUGGACAAUAAUGUUCAAAAAGCUUCUGAACAGUUGAUUAGAAUGGGCUAUGAAAAGAAAGAAAUAACACCGGCACCAAGAUUAUCUUAUCGCAAAAAAGAAGAAAGUUCAGUAAGAAAGCAACAAGUGUCUGAACCGACACCUCCGCCAAAGCAGAAAACAAUUGAAGAGAAGAAAAAAUUGAAAGUUAAACUUCAAGCACAGUACAAGGAAUCGAUUCCAGAACGUGUUAUUUUAAUGGCAUUAGAAUCUGUUGAUUAUUCUGAAGACAAGGCGCUUAAAAUUUUAGAUAUUGUGCUUCAAGAAGAUCGAGAUUCUAAGCAAAAAACCGAAAAGGAAAGAAAGAAAGGAGAUGGUGUUGAAAAGAAUGUGUCAUUCAAGGAACCAAGCAAGAGUGUUGAUCUUGAUAAAGCUGCUGCAAUUGAAAAUGAUGAAACAAUGAUAAUUAACAGCGAUCACACUAUAAUUACUACACCGAUUGAAAGUCCUCAAACGGAUAUUUUUGGUAGUAGCACUAGAACAACUGGAAAAUCGUCUGUAUCAUCUAAAUUGCUUCAAGUGGAUUAUGAUGAGACACCAUCUGAUGGAUCGAGCAAUGAGGCUAUUAUUUCUGUUGAUAAACGCAAGAAGAGACAAAAAGCUCGUAGUGAUUCAACUCGCAGUGCAAAAAACGAGAGUGUCAAGGAAACAAACUCAAAGGUAUCAACAGGAGGAUCAUCGAAAACUUUUAUCAGCAAAUCGAUUGUGUUUGAAGAGAAUAAAGAAGGAAAUUUUAUGUCGAUUGUUACAAAAUCAAACAGCCGUGGACCGAACUCGAGUCUUGCUAAAGGACCUAGAGAUGACUUGUUGUUAGCUGAUUAUGUUGCAUGGAAUGGUGCUAAUCCAGAUAUAAUUGGCAAAUGUAGAAUCAAAUCAAAUGGUCCAAAUCAGUUCCUCAGAUCUGAACGAACAUAUAUACCUCGUGGAUCGAGUAGUAAACUGUGCAAGGGUCCACAAAGUGGUCUUGCAAUUGGAAGUAUUUAUGCACAAACGAGUCACCCAGCUAAUGUUGCCUGCAACUAACAUAAUCUACGAUCAUUAUCAAGAUAAAUUUAAAAUGCAAGAGAUACAGAAAAAACGCAUUCAAAGGAAAAAUUGAUAUUUUCAUUUAUUAAGUAAUGAGUGUCUUUCUGAUUGAUGAUAAAAAAAUUUUAAUAUUUUAUAAAACAAAAAAGGUGUAAAAGAAAAAAAUAUGAAAAAAUAAUAAUUAACAAAGUCAAUCUUAGUAGUACUAUAUUAGGGAAAGUCCUUUGCAAUAUGUAUUUUUCAAACAAAAAAAAAUAAUAAGACAGCCACUAUGAAUCACAUUUCGUCCUUAAAAAUUGUGAGCACUUUAACGUUUUAAAAAGAAAUUUAAUAUCAAAAAAGAAAAUAUUAAGAGUUUUUGUCUAUUUUGUAUGAAGAAAUUUUGAAAUAAGGGAAUUAAUGGAACAGGUAAUUGAAACGUGUGUAGAAUGAUGAUGUUAAUUAGAAUGGAAAAUUUGUUAAACUUUUUACUAAAUCUUCACUGCAGUGUUGCUUUAAAGAGCCGAACAUAAUCCUGAAUAAAAGUUCAUAAAUCCACUUUAGAACUUCUGAACAUUUAAUCAUGCAACUCUGCAUUCUUAAGAUAAUUAGGGCUAAAAAUUAGUGAAUGGAAAACAAUUAUGUUUGAAUGAUGUUACUCGAAUUAAUUUUUUAAUCGAAUUUUAGAAAAUAGCCAAAGAUUUCUUUUCAUCUUGCCAUAAAACCUAUAAAACAAAAACAUUAAAAAACCAAAACUUUUGUAGUUUAACAAAAAAAAAAAAAUUUGACAUAGAUUAUACUGCUGUAAACUUACAGAACAAAACAUUAUUUCGAUUUCAAUAAAGUGUUUUACCCUUU